CGUCACGAGGAGGCGGGGCUUACAGCCGCUACUUCCGGGUUUCCCGGCCGGGUCGUGGAGGCGCCCUGACUCACGGCACCACUCGUGUUUUCCAGCUCCGAUGCUCAGGAGCUGUUUGUAACCGUGGGACAGCACAGAGCUGCACAGCCCCGCACUGAGCAGCCCCAGCUCUGCAGCCCCACCAGGUGACAUGUGACCACGGGUGGGAGCAGCAGCUGAGAUGCAUCCGAGCCACAGCGAUGACCCCAAGGCAGCCGUCCAGCUGAUCAAGAAGCAGCUGGUGAGCUCCAUCAAGGCGCUGCAGAAGCAAUACGUCUCGUCGGACGCGGUGGUGACCAGCGAUGACAGCAACGCCAACACGUUGUGCUGUGCCCUGGAGGCUGUUUUUGUGCACGGGCUGAAGGCGAAGCACAUCAGGACGGAGGCAGGAGCCAAAGGGAAGAAAGCAGGAGGGCGGCUGCUGCUGCCCCAGCCCGUGUUCUGGGCGCUGCUGAAGAGCAUCACGCACCGGAACAUCAUCUCGGAGCUGGAGCAGCUCAUUUUCAUCACCACGGACGUGGGUCGCUGCCGGGCCUGGCUGAGGUUGGCUCUGAACGAUGGUUUGGUGGAAUGUUACCUAAAGCUGCUGCUGCGCGAGCGCUCCCGACUACCCGACUUCUACCAGCCCCCAGCGCUGCUCCUGGACGCCGAGGAGUGCGAGUUCCUGCUGAGCUACCUGCAGGGCCUGUCGUCCCUCACCUUCCAGCUGUCCUAUAAGUCGGCUGUGCUCAAUGAAUGGACCGUCACCCCCCUGUCCCUAUCAGGGCUGUGCCCCGUGUCCGAGCUGCUGGAGCCCCCGGCGGCCGAACCGCAGAGAAAAGCAUCUCUGGGCUCCAUCUCUCAAUCUUCGGGCUCUGAUGAGAUUGAGAUCCAGCCCCCGGCGCUGCCCAUUGGUAAGGCUGGUGAUAAACCCACGCGGACGUCGUCCUCGUUGAGCUUGAACACCACGGGUUCAUCGCAGUUGUCCUCCAGCCUGGGCUCCGACAGCACCCAGCCCCACUGCGCCCGCAGCGCCGACGAGCCGCUGUCCUGCGACUCCGACCUGGGCACGGCCACGGCCGAGGACCUGGACAGGUCACUGCAAGAGGUUCUGUCCGAGUUCAGGAAGGCUGAGCCGAGUGGUGCCCCAUCGGAGCGGCUCAUCCCGGCCGUGCUGGGCUGCUCCCCACCGCCCCCCCAGGACCCUCUGCCCUCCCCACCAGCACCCGAUGGCUGCACUGUCCCCAAUGAUGAGGGCAGCAUCCCGACCCCAAGGAGCCUGGAUGAGGGGAAGGAAGGCUGCGUGCUGCUCAGCCCCGCUGCCAAACCCCUCUGCUCCCCGCUGCCGGGCUGCCCGAAUAGGAAGAGUUGGAUCUCGGAAGACGAUUUCUACAGACCUUCAGCAGGAGACAGCGAUGACAUCCCGGCUGAUCCCAAUGGCUUCGUGCCCGAUGGGGCCGGGGGGGGCCCGACCUCGGGGCUGCUCAGUGCUUUGGAUUUGGAAGGGCCAUCCCUGCAGGGCCCCAGGCUGUCCCCAGAGAGGGAGCAGAAGGGAUUCAGCGUCGUGCACCGCCGGCAGAUGGGUCUCUCCAACCCUUUUCGGGGUCUCCUGAAGCUGGGCACCCUGGAGCGCCGCGGUGCCAUGGGCAUCUGGAAGGAGUUCUCCUGCGAGCUGUCGCCGCUGGAGCUGCGGCUCUUCCUGGACCACGAGGACCGGAUCUGCGUCGAGAGCUUCUCCCUGCUGCGCUGUGAGUCGCUGGCACUGACGCAUUCAGAUGGGAGAUUCGAGCUGGUUUUCCUGGGGAAGAAGCUGUUCUUGAGGGCUCCGUGCAGGGAUGAGGCUGAGGACUGGCUGGAUCGCAUCCGCGAGGCGCUGCGCAAGUGCCGCCCGCAGCUGGAGGAGGAGGAAUGGGAGACACUGGAGUGCAAUGAGGACGGCGGGGAUGGCUGCGAGCCCUGCGCUCUGCCCCAGUGUGAGACAGCGGGGAACGGCUUGGAUUGGACCCUACCCCAUAAACCAGAGCUGGAUGCCAUCAAAGAGUCUGUUCUAUACGCAGACGUCGAUAAGAUGUGGGUCCCUUUUAUCUUUUCCCUCUCGCUGGAGACCUUAAAGUGCUUUAAAGUGAGGAACAACGAGAAAAUCUUAAGCAACAGCUACGGCAUAGAGACCAUCCAGGACAUCCUCCCCGACACCAGCCUGGGGGGACCCUCCUUCUUCAAGGUGAUCACCUCCAAAGCUGUGCUCAAACUGCAGGCUGAGAGCGCGCAGGAGGCGGCAGCGUGGAGGGAGCUGGUGAGAGCCGUGCUGGGCUCCUACCUGGAGGCAGCCGAGGAGGCGCUGACCCUGGGGGGCAGCUUGGACGGCCAUUCCCAGGUGCUGCUGAAGAGCACGGUGAAGGAGAACGGCUUCUUGCUGCAGUACCUGGUGGCCAUCCCCGUGGAGAAGGGCUUGGACUCGCAGAGCUUCAUCUGCGCAGGCUGCUCCAGGCAGAUCGGCUUCUCCUUUGCCAAACCCAAACUCUGCUCCUACUCCGGGCUCUACUACUGCGACAGCUGCCACCGGGACGACGAGCUGGUCAUCCCCUCCCGCCUCAUCCACAACUGGGACCUGAGCAAGAGAGGGGUUUGCCGUCAGGCGCUGAAGUUCCUCACCCAGAUCCGUAAGCAGCCGCUGAUUGAUCUCAAGUUGGUCAACGAGAGCCUUUAUGACCACGUGGAGAGGAUGAGGCGCAUCCGCCAGAGCCGGGAGCAGCUGAAGCUGUUGGGGGAUUAUUUGAGUGUGUGUCGCAGUGGGGCACUGAAGGAGCUGAGCAAGCGCCUCGAUGACAGGAAUUACCUCCUGGAGUGCCCCCACAAGUUCAGCGUGGCCGACCUGCAGCAGAUUUCCGACGGCACCUUCGAGCCCUUCCUGCUCUCCGCGAUCCAGUUUGCGUCUCACCACGUCUACAGCUGCGACCUGUGCACACAGAGGGGCUUCAUCUGCCAGAUCUGCGCCCGCGGCGCCGCCAUCUUCCCCUUCCAGAUGGACUCCACUUCCAGGUGCAAGGACUGCAGGGCUGUUUUCCAUCGGGACUGUUGGGUCAGCGCCGCGUCCUGCCCACGCUGUGAGCGCCGCCAGCGGUACCGACAGCGACAGGAGGAGGAGGAGGAAGGAAAUGUGGGGCCCACCCCAUAGAGGCUGUGGGGGAUGACGUCCACACGGACCCUAAAGGACCUUAUGGGGUCAAAAACCCAAAGGCUGCACGUGGUGCACAACCAGACGUCGGACCCUACAGCCAACGGGGGGUGGGCGAGCAAUGGGGCUGAGCUGGGGCUGUGGGGCUGCAGCCACCCCCUGCCGCCCCACUGAUGGGAUGCGGUGAUAUGGGGGGGGGUUUUGGUGUCCCCAUCCAUGGGGGAUAUGGGGCAGGGGCUCCCCAGUGCUGCAGUCCCCAUCCCUAUGGGGUUUCUGUGUACCCUUUGGGGUUUCUAUGUCCCCAUCCCUAUGGGGUUUCUAUGUCCCCAUCCCUAUGGGGUUUCUAUGUCCCCUUUGGGGUUUUGGUCUCCAUCCCUUUGGGGCACAGGGGAUGGGGGCUCCCCACACUUAGGGGUCAAUGUGCCAAUGGGCCGCGGGGCUGUGCAAUGCCACCCACUGGGGUUGGUGCUGUUCCCCACUGCCAUCACCCCAAUGUCCCCCAUGCGGCUCCAUGGGGCUCUCAGGCCGUGCUAUGGGGUGGGCUAUGGGGCUGGCUAUGGGGCCAGCUGCCAUCCCAGCGCUGUCAGUGGGACCCAGGUUGUGGGGCUGGGUGAGCUCGGGGCUGUUUUGGGGUUGUGGGGUUUUGUAUGGACGGUGACGUUGUGCCUUGUGGGGCAGAGCUGCUCUGCCGCCCUUUUAACCCCCCCGGCCCCUUUUGGGGCCAUUAAGAGAGUUUUAUUUUCCUGUCC